AUGCCGAGGGCAGGGAAGGCGGGCCGGUCCCUGGGACUGCCGCGUGUCUUCUCUUUCUGUUUGUUCUUGCACAGCUCCUCUGCUCAGAUCCGGUACAGCAUCCCGGAGGAGCUCACCCGGGGCGCCUUCGUGGGCAAUAUCGCGAAGGACCUGGGCACCGAUGUGGCGAAACUGGCGGCAGCUAAUCUGCAGGUACUGUCCGAUUCGGAUUCCCAGUACUUCUCGGUCAAUGUGAACACUGGCGUUAUAAUGGUCAGCGAGCGGAUAGACAGGGAGCAGCUCUGUGGGCAGAACCCCCGCUGCUUCCUCCACCUGAAACUUGCCAUCGAGAACCCAGUGGAAUUUUACCGCAUCGAGGUGGAGAUCCUGGAUAUCAAUGACAACCCCCCGGAGUUCCCCGGUGAUGGGGUUUCCUUGCGCAUCUACGAGCUGGCGUCCCUGGGUGCCCGCUUCCCCAUCCAGCCUGCCCAGGACCCUGAUGUGGGCACCAACACCUUGCAGACCUAUCACCUGAGUGCCAAUGAGAACUUCAACCUCAACGUGAAGGCGCGCACAGAUGGUGGGAAGUUCCCUGAGCUGGUGCUGGAGAGGGCCCUGGACCGGGAACUCAGAGCUUUCCACCACCUGGUCCUGACCGCCGAAGAUGGGGGCUCUCCCCCCCAGUCCAGCAAGACACACAUCACUAUUCAGGUCCUGGAUGCCAACGACAAUCACCCGGUCUUUGACAGACCUUCGUACGGAGCCCGCUUGGUGGAGAACUCACCGCUGGGCACCCUCGUGGUGAAGUUAAAUGCCACCGAUGUGGACGAAGGGCCCAAUGGAGACAUCCGCUACUCCCUCAGCAGCCACAACUCAGCUGCCUUACGCCAGAUCUUUGCCAUUGAUGAGCAAACUGGGGAGAUUCGCGUCCAGGGCAACCUGGACUUCGAGGAGGCGACAGUGUAUGAGAUCGAAGUGGAAGCCAAGGACAUGGGAUCGCCCACGAUGGAGGAGCACUGCAGUGUAGUGGUGGAAAUCACUGAUGUGAACGACAAUGCCCCCGAGGUCAUUCUUACCUCCUUCUCCAGCUCCCUGAGCGAGGACGCACCCCCGGGCACAGUGGUGGCCGUGAUACACGUCAGAGACAGGGACUCUGGUGAGCAGGGGAAGGUCCAGUGUCACGUGUCUCCAGAUCUUCCCUUCCAGCUGCGUAAGGACUAUGAGCACCAGUACUCGCUGCUAACCAGCACCCGUUUGGACCGGGAACACGUUGCCUACUACAAUGUCACUGUCUCUGCCUCGGACCUGGGCAGUCCCCCGCUCUCCCGCCACACCAUCUUGCCAAUUGCCCUCGCAGAUGUCAAUGACAACGCGCCCCAGUUUGAGCAAGAAUCCUACGAAGUGCUGGUGGCAGAAAACAACCCGGUGGGCAGUGUGCUGGUUACAGUCUCUGCUGUGGACCCUGACUCAGAGCAGAAUUCCCGCCUCUCCUACUCCAUCCUGCGAGCUGGUGGGACAGAUCCAGGCCUGGAUCCAACUCGCUACCUCUCCAUACAUCCCACAAGUGGGCAGGUCUCUGCCAAAUUCCCCUUUGACUAUGAGCAAACCACCUAUCUCCAAUUCCAUGUGGAGGUUUCUGAUGGUGGCUCCCCGGCCCUGAGGAACAGGACGCUGGUUCACGUUUUUAUAGUGGACCAGAACGACAAUGCCCCGCAGGUGCAUUUCCCCAGGGCUGGGGAGGACUCCGCUACCCAGUUCCGAAUCUCCCCCUCCACCACCCCUCCUGCUCUCAUCACCAAGGUGGUGGCAAUAGAUGCUGACUCGGGGCGCAAUGCCUGGCUCUCCUACCACCUUGUGGAAGCCACAGACCCGGGGCUUUUCAAUGUGGCCCUGCGCUCCGGGGAGAUCCGGAUCGUGCGGGCCCUGCAGGAGACGGAUGCCUCUGCACAUGAACUGCUGGUGGUAGUCCGGGACGCUGGGGAGCCCCCGCUCUCCACAGCCGUCACGCUGGUGGUGCUGGUGGAGGAGAAGGGCCCAGAGGCCUUGCAGGGCUCUGAGGCUCAGGCCGCCGACGGUGGGGGCUUACCCACAAUUACGCUUUAUCUGAUUGUGUCCCUAGUGCUCAUCUCCACCGUCUCACUGGUGGGACUGGCAGCACUGGGCGUGCGAUGCCUCCGGCGGGGCUCUGCACCUGCCAACCAGGGCUGCUGUGUGGAGAGCGUGAACACACUUCAGCCCCCUCCCAGCCACAUUUUUGGGCACUUGCACUACGAGCCUAAGCAAGGGGACACGGUGAUGGUCUCGGACAUCAGCGAGUUCAUGUUUGUGAAACCCUCCGCGGGUCCAGCCGGUGCCAACCCGCCGGAUCCCACCCUGUGCAGCGAGCUCCCGCUGCUGCUCGCAGCCCUCUCCUGCCUGCCGGCUCUCAGCAGCGCCCAGCUCCGCUACUCCGUGCCCGAGGACCGAGAGCCGGGCUUCUCGGUGGGCGACCUGGCCAAGGACCUGGGGGUGGAGGUGCGGAGCCUGGCCGCCCGCAGCCUGCGCCUGGUGAGCGAGGGUGGGCAGCGGCACUUCCAGGUGGACCUGGCGGCGGGUGUGCUGCUCCUCAAUAGCAGGCUGGACCGGGAGGCACUGUGUGGGCAGAGCCCCACGUGCUCCCUGCACCUCCAACUCGUCAUGGAGAAUCCCCUCCAGCUCCACCGUGUUGAGGUGGACGUCCUCGACGUGAACGACAACGCGCCCCAGUUCCCCAAGCCGGAGGUGGUCUUGGAGAUCACUGAGGUAGCCAACCCUGGGACUCGGCUACCCUUGGAGGUAGCAGAAGACCCGGAUAUGGGCUCCAACUCCAUCUCCACCUACGAGCUCAGCCCCAGUGAGCAUUUUGCCCUGAGUAUCAACGUGAGAGGAGAUGGUGUUAAAAUGCCCGAGAUCGUACUUGAAAAAGCACUGGAUAGAGAGAAAGUGGCUGUUCAUCACCUAACACUGACAGCCCUGGAUGGAGGGAAUCCAGUGAAAUCCGGCACUGCCAAGGUUACCAUCCAUGUCCUGGAUGCAAAUGACAACCCUCCUGUCUGUGACCCACCCAUAUCCAAGGUACAUCUGGAGGAGAACGUGCCAGUGGGCACUCUGGUCACCAAGUUGAAUGUCACCGACCUGGAUGAAGGUCCUAACGGGGAUGUGGAAUAUUCUUUCAAAACUAGCAAUAACGCACCUGGUAAAUUCACCAAGCUGUUCUCCUUAGAUCCCCGGACAGGGGAGAUCAGAACCAAAGGCCCGUUGGAUUAUGAGGAAUCCAGUGCUUAUGAGAUUGCGGUUCGAGCCAGGGACAAGGGAUCCCCCGCCAUGGAAGGACACUGUCACCUGCGAGUGGAAUUAAUCGAUAUCAACGAUAACAGCCCAGAGAUCGUGCUGACCUCUCUCUCCAGCCCAGUGCAGGAGGAUGCAACCCCGGGCACUGUGAUUGCCCUCAUUGGUGUGAAGGACAGUGAUUCUGGUGAGAAUGGGCAGGUCCGUCUGCAGAUAGCGAAAGAGCUCCCAUUUAAACUGGUGUCAUCUUUUAAAGAGCAUUUCUCGCUGGUCACAAAUGGUCCCCUUGAUCGGGAGAAGGCCAGUGGAUACAACAUCACAGUGAGGGCUGUGGAUUUAGGGUCCCCACAGAGGGCCACGCAAAAAACCUUUUACCUCCGAAUUGCUGACGUGAAUGAUAACGCGCCAAAUUUCUCCAGCCCUUUUGAUACAGCUCAUGUUCAGGAAAACUCCCUUCCUGGAACUUCUGUUUUUUCAGUGUCAGCAUCUGAUCCCGAUGAGGGUAGCAAUGCCAAGCUGUCUUACUCCAUCCUGCUCAAUGGGAUGCAGGAUGUACCCAUCUCAACCUACUUCCGAAUAGACCAGGACAAUGGCACCAUCUACACCGUGAGAGCUCUGGACUACGAGCAGGAUAAGGUGUUCCAGGUGCCCGUGGAGGUGAAGGAUGCUGGGUCUCCAGCGCUGAGUAGUACUGCUGUGGUCCAUGUGUUCGUCCUGGAUGAGAAUGACAAUGCCCCCAUCAUUGUCUACCCAUCCGUCCCCACAGGCUCUGCCUUCCACCAAACCAUCCCGGCCUUGGCAGAACCUGGCUAUCUGGUCACCAAAAUUGUAGCUGUUGAUGCUGAUAGUGGCCAUAAUGCCUGGCUGUCCUACCAGCUGCAGGAGACCGCCGAGGCUUUGCCUUUCCAAGUGGAACGCCGCUCUGGAGAGAUAAGGGUUGCACAGGCUCUCAGGGAGUCAGAAGAUCCCCACAGGCUGGUGGUCGAAGUGAGGGACAAUGGGACACCAUCCCUCUCGGCCUCUGUGGUAAUAGUCAUUUCUCCAGAGGAAAACAGUGUGCAGGACUUCGCCAAGUCCUUGGACCUCCCCAAAUCUUCUCCCAAGGAUACCAACCUAACGCUUUACCUCAUCAUCUCCUUGGUGUCCAUUUCCCUUGUGUCCUGCGUGAUGUUUGCUGUGGUGGCUGCCCGGUGUCUCAAAGCUGGUGCUGCCAGCUGGACCUUCGCGGGUUGCUGCCGAGGGACUGGCCGCAAGCCCGCCUCCCAUUUCCGUGGGCAGAUGAAGCCAGAUGGCUUCAUCAAGUACCUGGACGUGGGAGGAGCGGGCUUGACCUCCCAGGCACAGAAUUACACCUCUUGUUUCUCGCCCAUGUCUGACCAGAGUGAUUUCCUCUUUGUAAAACCUUUCAGCCAUUCUAGCACUGCGGAGACCGUGGCUGCCUAUGAGCAGGUGACCAGCACCUUAGCGAGUCCCUGUGAUGGGGCCAGUUGGCUGUUCUCUGUCUGUCCUUCCACCUAA